AUGAAGGCUUUGCCAAUCAUUCAUCAACAUGACAGAGUGGCGCGAAAGGUGAACGACGUGUCAGCAGCUGAUUGGCGAUUCCAAACACACGUGGAAAUUUCGUAGUUUUCACGUGUGUUAUUACGGCUUUUCACAGAGCUUUAAAUCCUUGUAAAACACAGCAUUUUACAUGACAAAUUAUGCUCUCUACAGAUAUUAUUCAUUAAAAAUGCAACUGUGUUAUAGAAAGAAAGAACUCUUAAACGUGGCCCUUCUGAAAGACAUCAGUAUGCAGUCUCCGAAGACGAUUUAUUUAACGCCCUUGAUGUUACGCGAGUCGAUGUGGUUUACGUAGGAAAUGAAAAACAUUGCUUAUUGAAGUGUUUGAAAAGUAUACUAUGUUUUUCUACAAUCUAAGCCUGCGUGCAUUUCGGUAAACAUAGGAGGGUCUCGUGUGAACUUUUUUCUUCAAAUAAAUACCACUCCUUUAAAGGUUUUCCAUGAAUGCAAGUUUUUCAUCGUUACAUAAUUUCGGUGAAUUGCUUUUUAAUCAUCAAUUCCAAUUCAUCUUUAUAAUAUUCUUAUUUUUCUGGGUGUUAUUUCAUAUUAAAAAAUUAUUCCUGAGGGAGCUCUAAAGGUUUUGAAAAAAAUUCAUGGCGAGCUUAGAUCACUUCUAUGAUGACUAAUGAUCAGUAUCUUUAAUACAAAUGUUUGAGAACAAUCAAAUAUGGUCUAUUUAUUCUCCGUAAAGGCUUUGUGAAAGUUGUCCUUGUCAAAACGAGGGUCCCUGCUGAGCAAUUUACGAAACCAAAGACUAUAAGUACAAUUGUUUCUGUCAGCACUAAAAACUUCUUCGGAGUGACGUGUGAACAACUGUGUAAGUCCUUUACGUAAUAAAGUCAACUGCUAGCUGGGGAAAAGCAAUAACCUCUUUAUUUAUAUUGUUGGUCAAAAAAUUCUAGUGUUACAGGGGCCACUAAAUUUCUUUCUCUAGCUAUGUAUGCCUGUUAUACUAACUGAACUGAAAACACCUUCCCUUACUUGGAACAUAAUUUGUUUUGUAAUACUUUAAUCCGAGUGUUGCUGAGUCAAAUUCUUGUCUUUGUUUGGAGGUGGAUCAUGAUCUCGAUAGCUGUUUUCUUCUUUUUUGUUAUCAUUUUUAUUAUUUAUUUCACAGUUUGGGUUACUAGUCCGAAAUGGAAAGUUGCCAGCACAUCUUGUUACAGGUAUUUAGCUCAAGUGCUUAACCUUUCCCGAGCUAAAUUGCAUUCUAAAACAUUGUAAAGCACUUUUUGCUGACUUUCAACACUUCAGAGGAACACCACGAAGUCCUUCAUGAAGCGUGCGACAGUGUGCGGAUUGGACUGGGUCGUAAUCCAUCCAACAAAGAGGUCUGA